AUGAGACUUGACCGACUUGUCAUCUCCUUGAUUCUUGUCCUGUCAACCGCUAUUUCGGCAGACCUAUUUAGCACCAUAAAUCAAUGGCGAGAAGCAGCGAUUAAUCUCAAUGACCUUAUAGACGACGCCACCGAAAACUUCCGAUUCUCUGACAAAAGCCUCAUUGGCUUUUUCAAAAACACAACAUUACAAAACACCAUUUUCGUCCACGGAAUCAACAUCGAAGUACAACAACGUAAAGCCCUCAUCGACCUUGUGAGCAAUCACGGAGAUUCCAGAUUCCCGCUACAAUUUGGUUCGGGGCUUAUCGAACGGCUUACUCAGAAAGUUAACGAGACACUUUUCAGUAUCAACAAUAUCUCUAGUGACGAUCCCAACUUCGAAGAUAAUUUAUUGCUAAACUAUAUCGCCCCUGUUAAUCUUAUCAGAUGCAAUCAGUUGAUGCCUGCUAUAGGAGCAUUCUGGAAUCAGACGGCGGAGAUUUUGGGUGUGGAGCAGGAGCAGGAUCUUCCAGGUCCUCUUGUUUGUAAGGCGUUUGACACUUCUUCGUUUAGCUAUCCUAUUGGUUAA